AUCCCGUUCCCUCCCGUCCCUGGCACGGCGCUGUUAUCCCGGGCGGCCCCGGCCUGGCGCGGCCUCCCCGCCCCUCAGCCGGAACGCGCCGCGCGGGGCCGCGUUGCGCGGGGAAGGGCGCGCGGCGGCACCGGCGGCCGCCAUGGCGGUGGACAUCACCCUGCUCUUCAAGGCCAGCGUGAAGACCGUGAAGACGCGCAACAAAGCGCUGGGGGUGGCGGUGACGGGGGACAGCGCCAGGGACGAGCUGCUCAAGCGGGGCACCGCCCGCUCCAAAAGCGACUUCACCAGCAGGGCGCGGGAGGUGAUUUCUCAUAUUGGAAAGCUGAAAGAUUUUCUUCUACAACACAGAAAGGAUUACAUUAAUGCUUAUAGCCAUAUUAUGUCUGAGUAUGGGAGGAUGACGGAUACGGAGCGUGACCAGAUAGAUCAAGAUGCCCAGGUGUUUAUGAGAACGUGUGCUGAUGCCAUUCAUCAGCUCAGAACAGAAGCACACAAGGGUGUCCAGUCUGCUCAGGUGAAGGAGCACAGAACAGCUGUCUUGGACUUCAUUGAAGAUUACUUAAAAAGAGUGUGCAAGCUGUAUUCUGAACAAAGAGCCAUCCGAGUUAAGCGAGUGAUAGAUAAGAAGAGACUGUCCAAACUUGAACCUGAGCAGAGCAAUGUGUCCAAAUCACCUCUUUCCACUGAAAAAUCUUCACAGAGUCGUUUAGAGGAUUCUGAAGAAAAGGUUUCUGCUGAGGAAAGCAAAGACAGGAAUCUGCCUGAUGCCCAAAGUAACCUUGGAUUAUGGGGGGAUGGCAGAGGUGAAGAUGAGCUGUCACCUGAAGAAAUACAAAUGUUUGAACAGGAGAACCAGAGACUUGUCGGUGAAAUGAACAAUCUCUUUGAUGAAGUCAGACAAAUUGAAGGAAAAGUGGUGGAAAUCUCCAGAUUACAAGAGAUAUUCACUGAGAAAGUCUUGCAACAGGAAACUGAUAUCGACAAUAUCCAUCAAUUAGUUGUGGGUGCAACAGAGAAUAUAAAAGAAGGCAAUGAAGACAUAAGAGAGGCCAUCAAAAACAAUGCUGGAUUUAGAGUAUGGAUCCUCUUCUUCCUUGUGAUGUGUUCAUUUUCCUUGCUUUUCCUGGACUGGUAUGAUAAUUAAUUAAACAUAUAUUGGCUCCAUG